AGCGAAUCAUCGUGUUAAAUCCGGCUCUGCAAAGGACAAGUGAAGUAAAAAGUCACAGUUUCAAAGAAAUGACUUCCAAAUUUCUUGAUCUGAUAGAUCAGGUCGAUAAUGUCGCGUACGACUAUGACUAUGCAGAUUUCUAUCGUCUACUAUUGCCGAAUGAUACUCGGACGCAUGGUUUCAUGACACAAGAGACCGUGCAAAAGAUGCCAUGGACUAAGGACUUCAAAAUCGAUCAUGAGGCGCGUUUCGUCCGACUGAAUUUGCCACCAUCAGCAGGACCGGCAGCCGUUAAUAAGGCGUUUCAAGAAGUAAUCGAUGCCGCAGUUGAAGGUGAUAAAUUUGAAGUCUUGCAUGGUGAUCAUAGCGAACCAUACAUCGUGCAAGGCGUGGAUUACCCACUGCACAUUGAACGCUUCACAGCUCCGUUAUUUGGAAUUGCCACAAGAGGCGCGCACAUGACUGCGUAUACUCGCACAGCGUCAGGGGAGAUCAAGAUCUGGGUCGCCCGUCGUAGCCCGCAUUUGUUUACGUAUCCAGGAAAGCUGGAUACCACUGUCGCUGGUGGGGUUAAAGCACAUCACACGCCUUUCCAGUGCAUCGUUGAGGAGUCCGAGGAAGAGGCCGCGCUUGAGAGAGACUUGGUUUCGAAGACCGUCCGGCAUGUAGGUGUCAUAACGUAUAUGACGAAAAGCAAACGAAGUGGAGCCGUGCACCCCGACGUGCUUUUUCUCUUUGACAUCGAGCUGCCCGAAAGCGUGGUUCCCCGCCCCAACGACGGCGAGGUGUCAGAAUUCAAGCUGCUCACGGUCGAUGAGAUUAAAGAAGCCAUGUUCGCCGGCGAGUUCAAGGCGAAUUGCAACUUGGUCAUGAUCGACUUCUUCAUCAGACAUGGGAUCCUCACCCCCGAGAAUGAACAAGACUACGUACAACUUCAGACUCGACUACAUCGCAAGAUUCCUAUACCUACAUCACCUCGAGAAAAAUGAAGGCUGUAUGGGACGGCAAGGGCAAUGAAAUAAUCAGAAGCCAGUGCGAUUCAUUUUGUGGCAAAAGUUCAUAGACUUAGAUCAUGAAGAAGUAGACAGGGUGAAGUAUCAGCGCGUGACGUUACCACCUAAACAGAAUAUUGAAACUAUAUCUUGAAAUUAUUAUCUAGUCUCCUACUCUGCUCGACCAAGAAAUAAAC